AGCACGUGUUGUUGACAAACAACUAAAUCCCUUGUUCCGUCGGCUUCUUAUUAAAUACGCCCCUCGAUCGCCGCGAGGAAGUUAACGCAGCGACAGAGCGCAGUUCGACACGAAGCACUCAGGAGCUGACAACGGACAGACUUGCUACAAUGCAUCGUUGGAACGGCCGUGUUGCCAUGGUGACGGGAGCCAGUGCAGGUAUCGGCGCUGCGGUCGCCAAGGAUCUGGUGAGACACGGUUUGAAGGUGGUUGCAAUCGCCCGCAGGGUCGAGAGGGUCAAGGCGCUGAAAUCAGACUUGGGCGACUUAAGUGGCUCACUGUACCCGCUCAAAGCUGACGUCUCGAAGGAGGACGAGGUGCUUGCGGCCUUCGCGUGGGUAAAGGACAAUCUCGGCGGAGUAGACAUACUGAUCAACAACGCGGGGAUAACUGGAAACAGCACUCUCCACGAGGGCCCGGUGUCUAAGUGGCGAUCUGUCUUGGACCUCAACGUACUGGGUCUGAGCCUCUGCACCAAGGAAGCACUGCAGUCGAUGCAAGAACGCGGAGUGGAUGACGGACACAUCGUGCAUAUCAGCAGUAUCAACGGACAUGGAGUCCCGGAGCACAGCCUGCAGUACGGCCUGAUGAUGUAUUCAGCAACUAAGAACGCGGUCCAAGUUCUCACCGAGGGCCUGAGACGCGAACUGGCGCAGCGGAACUCCAAGAUCAAAGUCACGUCCAUAAGUCCAGGAAUGGUUAAAACAGAAAUCUUGAUCGCGUCCGGAUACGACUUAAUUCCUCCCGGGAUGACGAUUGAUCAAGCGUACGACACCAUCCCCCACCUCAAGUGCGAGGACAUAUGCGACGCCAUCACUUACGCCCUGGGCACUCCACCCCAUGUACAGAUCCACGAUCUAAUUAUCAAGCCGGUUGGGGAACCAAUGUGAUCGCCCUACGUCACGGCGAGCGACAGCAUGUACGCGACAUUACCGACUGCAGACGCAUCGGACGUCCGAGUACCGACAUAAGCCACUCUUCCUAUCGUCUUUCGCGCCUUCUUCAAGGUCUUACACCGACUGUGAAUAUUAAAGUUAAACUAUUGGAAAAGUGUACUCUGAUGAAGAAUGUAUUCAAAUAAAGACCCGCCAAGGCACAAGGUUCUAUUGCAGA